AUGGAAUGGUACACUUUGGAUUUUGUGACUAAGAUCCCUGGUAAUAAGACGGAGCUCCUAUCUGAUGGUUACGUGACAUCGGCCUUUUGGAGUGAGAAAGGAAGUUGGGACUAUAAUGAGGAAAAGAAACUCUUAAACGGCAUGCUUCCCAAGAGCCAAGUGACAGAUCCACUUGCCAAAGAAGGGCCUAGUUCUCCAAGCUAUGACUGGUUCCAAACAGACGCUUUAGUCACCAUUGUCAUAUAUACUAAACAGAAGGAUAUCAGUUUAGACUCAGUAAGAGCUGAUCAUUGGGAUGAUUCCUUUAGAGCAGAAACAGUUAUCAAGGAUUAUUCAUAUCUUAUACAUAUUGCCCUAAGUCAUGAGAUUCAGGAAGAUUUUUCUGCGCGAGUUGUUGAGAACGUGGGAAAAAUAGAGAUUGUCCUGAAGAAAAAAGAGAAUACUUCUUGGAAAUGCCUUGGUCAUCCCCUGGAGAAUCAUUAUUCACUUAUUCCAAAGAAAGAUACAGGUUUGUACUACAGAAAGUGCCAGUUAAUUUCCAAGGAAGAUGUGACUCAUGAUACGAAGCUUUUCUGCUUGAUGCUGCCACCAAGCAUACAUCUUCAGGUGCCAACGUGGCAACAUGUUUACUUCAAGCUAACUAUUACAGGUACUGAAAUUGUGAAGCCAUAUACACCUGUAUCUGAUCCCUUAUUCUCAGAGCUCAAGGAACCGGUUCUUCCCAACAAUAAAUACAUCUACUUUUUGGUCAAAAUCUACCCUGCUGGACUCUUCACGCCAGAGCUUGAUCAUCUUCAGAUUGGAGAUUAUGUUUCUGUAAGCAAUCCCAAGGGCAAUUUUAAAAUAUCCCAGUUCCAAGAAUUGGAAGAUCUCUUUUUAUUGACAGCGGGAACAGACUUCACACCAAUGGUUAAAGUACUGAGUUAUGCUUUGACUAAUAUACCCAGUCUCAGGAAAGUGAAGCUGAUGUUCUUCAAUAAAACAGAGGAUGACAUAAUUUGGAGAAGCCAAUUGGAGAAAUUAUCAUUUAAGGAUAAAAGAUUUGACCUUGAAUUUGUUCUCUCAGCACCUACUUCUGAAUGGAAUGGCAAACGGGGAUACCUUUCACCAGCUCUGCUUUCUGGAUUUUUGAAAAGAAGUUUAAACACGUCCAAAGUCCUUAUCUGCAUUUGUGGGCCAAUGCCAUUUACAGAACAAGGAAUGAAGUUGCUGCAUGAUUUGAACUUUUCCAAAGAUGAGAUCCAUAGUUUUACAGCAUAAUGAAGAGCUGUCAUUCAACUGUUUUAGCUAAAUUUGUGA